AUGGUAUCCUUUGAUACCACAUACCAAACCAAUAGGUACAACAUGGUGUUUACUCCAUUUACAGGCGUUGACCAUCAUAAGAAUUGCAUUAAUUUUGUUGUUGGUUUCAUAGAGAAGGAAGAUAUCAUGUCAUUUGAAUGGUUGUUCAGAUCAUUCCUCAAGGCAAUGGGUGGGAAUGAACCUAAUUGUAUGAUCACAGAUCAGGAUCCAGCAAUGAAAAUUGCUAUUAGAAGUGUGUUUAAGAAGACUGAACAUCGGUUCUGUAUGUGGCACAUAAUGAAAAAGUUACCAGAUAAGGUGGAGAAAUCAAUCAUGCAAGAAGAAACUGGUUUCCUAAAAAAAUUAUGUGCUUGCGUUUGGCACCUUGAAAUUGAACCUGCUGAGUUUGAAGAAAGGUGGAACAAGGUGAUGAUUGAAUACCACUUGGAACAACAUGAAUGGUUAGGUUAUAUGUACAAGAUAAGAGACAAGUGGAUUCCGGCCUAUUUCAGAGAUGUGUUCCUUGGAGGAAUAAUGCGUACAACAUCAAGAUCCGAAAGUGAAAACAACUUUUUCUUCUCCUUUAUCAAUCCUCAUGUGUCACUUGUUGAGUUUUACUUGAGAUAUGAAGCUGCAAUUGAUGCCCAGAGACACACUCAAGGUCAGAAUGAUAAUGAUUCAAAGCACAAAUAUCUUGAGUGCAAAACACCAAAAGAAAAUGAAUUGGAAGUUGCAACAGUAAGUGAAGGAAAUCGGACUAGAACAUUUGAUGUUGUGUUUAAUCCAACUAACUAUGACACCACAUGUUCUUGCAAGCUAUUUUGUAGGCAAGGAAUUCCAUGUAGACAUAUGAUUUGGGUUUGGAAAGCAAAAAGGUUUGAAACCAUUCCCGAGCAGUAUAUGCUACACAGGUGGACUACUAUGGCAUUAAAGAAACCAAUUUUUGACUUGGGAGAAAACAUGUUGGAGCAAUGUGCUAAUAUAAUAGACAAGAAAAAAUUGUUAAAUGAUUUAUGGUCAGAGAUACACACUUGUGUAAGUUUGGAAGAAGGCAAAGAUGAAGAUAUUCAAGACCUUGUGAUAAAUCUUCAAGGAAUAAGAAAGGAUUUGGAAGCAAAGAGGAUUGCAAGAAAUAAUGAAACAACAGCUGGAAGUGCAAAAAACACAGAGCAAGACAUUGAGCUAUUGAUUGGAGCUAGUGUGCCAAAUGAAAUAAUUGUCAAACCUCCAAAAGUUUCAAAGAAUAAAGGGACUGGAGUUCAUGUAUCAAAUGAAGAGACUUCAAAAAAGAAAGCGACUGAGAUUGAUGUGUCAAAUGUUGAAACAAGAUGUAGAAGUGCAAAAAGGCUUAAGGGAGAAAAAGAAAAGACUACUUAA